GAUAAGUGCCAAGUAUCACUGGGUGCGGGGUCCGUUUCCUGCUGUUGAAGAGGAUUAUGUGCAGGGCUCUUUUAUGCAAAGUCAUUGCCGCGUAGUCAGAAUCCUUUGUUCUGAUCAACUGCAGAAAAUCCACACCUUACGAGUUGAGUACGCUGUGAGCACCUCACUCCCUCUCAGUCGGCGCACACCAUGGCUCAGACAGUCAAGUCCUUCUACGAUCUCAAUGCUGUUACCUUGGACGGCGAAAAAGUGGACUUUAAUAGCUACAGAGGUAGGGUGGUGUUGAUCGAGAACGUCGCUUCUCUCUGAGGCACGACCACGAGGGAUUUCACCCAGCUCAACGAGUUGCAGAGUCGCUAUCCGCACCGCUUCGUUGUACUGGGCUUCCCUUGUAAUCAGUUCGGCUUCCAGGAAAACUGCCAGAAUGUGGAGAUACUUAAUAGUCUGAAGUUUGUCCGACCUGGAGGUGGCUUCGAACCCCAAUUUACCAUGUUUCAGAAAUGUGAAGUUAAUGGUGCUGGUACGCAUCCUGUCUUUGCAUUCCUGAAGGAGAAGCUGCCUAUUCCUGAUGAUGAUCCGACAUCCUUAAUGAAAGAUCCCAAAUACAUAAUGUGGAGCCCUGUCUGCCGAUCAGAUAUUGCCUGGAAUUUUGAGAAGUUCCUCAUUGGACCAGAAGGAGAACCUUUUAAACGCUACAGUAAAGCAUUUGAAACCAUCCAGAUUGAACCUGAUAUCAAAAGAUUACUGAAAGUAACCAAGUAGAGUUAUAGAGAACCCAAGUAACCAGAUUUCUCCAGAUUUACAUUUUACUACUCAUGAGAAAAUUGCAUAUUCCCAAAUUGGCCUAAACUUCUACAAACCUGAAGAAACAAAAUUUAGACUUUUUACACAUUUUUAAAAACUGCACACAUACCUAAGAGCCAAUUCCAGAGCAGAAUUCUUCAAGUUUGCCUUUCCCUCUCCUGCAGGACCGAUGACUGAUUAUACUUGUGUUCUAUUUUCUACGCUGGUGUAGUUUUUGAAAAACGCUUUCAAAACAAAACUUCCUGAGGGCUCAACUCAAUGUUAGAAUGACAUGUUAUAAUUCUUUGUAUCAUGUUGAUUAUUGGGUAUUUUUACACCAUGACAUUCUUGUAAUACUUCCUCACUUUUCAUCUGGAAUUCUCAAAAGGCUCUUUAGCUGAACUGACUAUAAUCUGAGAUUUAGUUUUGUGCAUUCCUAAGUGUGCAGUCACAAAACUUAAGUCGCCAAAAAGGCUUAAAAAUUACCUUCAAUGCAAAAUUAAUUUAGAUCUCUGAAUAUUUCCUGUCACUAAUUAGCCAAGCACUGUGGCAUUUACAAGUUGUUCUUCAAAAGUAAAUUGGGACUUUUUGUCUAAAUUUGUGGAUGGUUUUGAGAAAUCUGUACAGUUAAACAUUCUUGGAAGUUACCUGAAACAGUUCUUCUGGUCUUCAGAACUUUACAGAAUGAAGAUGUUCUCCUAAACCUUAUCGGGAGGAUAUCCGAUAACAUAGAAAGUUGCUGAAUUUGCUGGAUGUUACUGUUUGUGACUUCUUGGAAUUGUAUCUCAAAAAUCAGUAAUAAAAACUGCCUGAAAGCAAACAAAA